CCAUGAUACCACGUUCUGGACACAUCCAUGCGAAAGAAUGUCCCUGAUGAGCCCAUGUUCUGGAGUUUUUGUUGUUGUAUUUGCGGCGUUUUAUACCAUUGGGACUUAAAUGACAUUUUACAUUUAGACUCCACGUAGAAGCUAUACAGCAGGCUAAAAUCUAGGCCACUUCGUUUUUGAUGUAUUUCAACUGGACUUCUCAUUUUUUCUUUUUCCGGCUUAAGAGGGUGUGGUUUUUCAGAAAGUAAUUUCGUCAGUAUUUUGUGCCUCGGUAUUCUUCUCUCGAAACCAACAGGUUAUAGGCUACUACUGUGUUAACCUAUUGAAACAAUUUCACCAGCAUGUGAAACAGAGAGCAAUCUAAACUUGACUAGAAACAGUUACAUGGUGACUCUUCUGAAAGGCAUGACGGACAGUUCGCAGUCAAUCAGACGUCCAACCCAAAGUUUCCCGUAGCCAAGAUAAAUACCAUAUUUCUUCUCUGUCCUCUGCUGGUAACCACCGCCUACUUACUUGCCAUUGGACAACUCUUGUUCAUAUUGGACACACAUCUGUUGCAUUCCAGUAUAUGAGUGGAUGACAAGGCUGACACCGGUCGGGGAGGCGUGACGUCCGAUGACUGUCGGAGGGGCACAGGGACUGAGACAGUCGGACGAUCAUCACAUCUUGAAGGUGAAAGAACCUGCCGACUGUCCUGCGUCUCCAGGAGCCGUCUGGUGUAGUCUAAUAAAGUAGGUCUACAGCAGCAGCCUUGAAGAGGAAGAACCACAUGCAUUGUUGCCAGUCUCCUGAAGCUGCCCAGUCAGCAACAACAACAGUCCCCCCGUCAAACUAUCCCUCAUGGCAACGAUCGCUAUGGAGCGGAUUGGGCGUCUGUUCAUCAACCUCCAGCAGGUAAGGGCGUUGCCCCAGAUGCUGACAGAGGCCACCCCCUCCAUGCCAGGCACGCUACGGGACACUGAAGUUCCCGGAUUCUUCAGAGAGCGCUACAUCCACGCCGGCUACCGACCGCUCCACCAGGGCUGGAGGUACUACUUCCUGUCGCUGUUCCAGCGUCACAACGAGACCAUCAACGUGUGGACCCACCUGCUAGGGUCUCUUCUGGUUCUGGUCAAGUUCCUACAGCUAGCUGAGACGGUGGACUUCAUCGAUGACGCCCACGCCUGGCCCCUCCUCAUUCUCCUGCUGUCCUCCCUGGUCUACAUGGCCUGCAGCACUGUAGCCCACCUCCUGGCCGCCAAAUCGGAGUUCUACCACUACUGCUUCUUCUUCCUGGAUUAUGUAGGAGUGGCUCAGUAUCAGUACGGCAGCGCCGUGGCUCACUUCUACUAUGCUGUGGAACCAAACUACCACCAGUGGGUCUCCCCAGUCUUCAUGCCCACUGCCACCUUCCUCUGCUGCCUGUCCUGCCUGGGCUGCUGCUAUGGGAAGUAUCGCAACUACAGCCUGCGGGUCUGGGUCCGGAAGGUGGGCCAGGUGAUUCCCUCGGCUAUGGCCUAUGCCUGGGAUACUAGUCCGGUGUUCCACCGCCUCCUCCAGUCCCUCUGGACCACGUCGCACAGUGAUGACAUCGCUGCCCCCGCCAGUGGCAUAGUCGGCGACCCGGCUAUAUCCUUCCAUGGGAGCCAGGUAGCCUUCUUCCUGUCCAGUGCGUUCUUCUUCACCAACCCACUCCCAGAGCGUCUGUUCCCAGGCCACUGUGACUUCCUGGGGCAGGGCCACCAGCUGUUCCACGUCUUCCUGGUUAUCUGUACUCUCUGUCAGAUCCAGGCCUCUCACCUGGACUACCUGGGCCGACGGCCACUCUACACACAGCUACACGGAGAGGGAGCAUCCACUGUCUAUCUGGUGCAGUAUGGAGCCACGCUGGUGGCCUGUGUCUGCAUAGCAGUCUUCAUUGCAAGGAAAGCAAAACGGUUGCUUAACUGCAGAGACAAGUCCAAGUGAACUGGGUAGGUCACUGUGUAGGAGACUUACAAUCACUUCCCUGUGGGCAAAACUGGUUGAAAUGAGUUGACGUUAUUACAGCCAAAAACUUUUGCCCAGUUUUGCCCGCUGGGUUGGUACCGAAGUGUUCAAUGUGGCCUUGUUCGACUCGACACAAACUGCCUUCCUUAGCCUGCUCGAGUUUGCUUCUAUAAUAUAAUGUUUCUCUACAGCACCUGUGACCUUGACGAUGACAGAAGUAUUGUCUAAUCAUGUCUCAAUGCUUUUGUUACAUUUGUGCUAGUUUUGUUCCAUUAUGUUUUUUUUUUUUUUUUUU